CUCUCUCAACCGUUCCUCAUCAGGCUUGGUUUCCAAACCUAGUUGCGAGGGUGGGAAACCAAGACAAAGCCAUACAGGUUGGUCAAAGACAUUUCCCCACCUCUCUGAUGCCAACGUCACUAUGUAAAUAUAGCUUGAAAUGCCAUAGGAGAGGGAAUUAACCUGCAAAUUUCUCCUACUUCCAGGAUCCCCCUUUUCAUCUGCAUGCUGCAAAGGUGACGAUAUUCUAGACUCUGUUUCUUUCUACUCUGGUGUCAGUUUUGUCCUGAGGGUGGAGCAGAGAGCAAGCAAAGUCUGCUUUCGCCACCGCUCCCUGCCUUUGCAGUCGCUUUACAACGCAUCCACUCAGCAAGGGAAACUGCUGCUUCCAGCUGCACAAAAGGAAUCGCUUGGAGAAUUGUUGGUUUUACAGGCUCUCCUGGGGAUCCAGCCUCCCUCCUGUCAUUCUUCCGUAUGAAACAGCAAUGAAAGCAUGGCAUCUUCCGACCGCUGAUGGGAUCCCGUUUCCCUUCCCUGAAGGAUGGAUUUCCACGUGAAUCACACCGUGAGCAUGAAUGACAGCGCUCCAAAUAUCUCCAAGACAGGACAAAACUUUUCCCACAACGGCGACCUCAGCCCUGCAAGGCUACUCUACCUUCAUCAUGCCCACCUUGUUUGGCAUCAUCUGCUUGCUGGGCAUCAUCGGCAACAGCAUGGUGAUCUGCGCCGUCUUCAAGAAACCCAGCCCCACCAGCAGCGUCCCGGACAUCUUCAUCAUCAACCUAUCCAUGGUGGACUUGCUCUUCCUCUUGGGCAUGCCGUUCCUCAUCCACCAGCUGCUGGGCAACGGCGCUUGGCACUUUGGAGAAACCAUGUGCACCAUCAUCACCGCCUUGGACGCCAACAGCCAGUUCACCAGCACCUACAUCCUCACCGCCAUGUCCAUCGACCGCUACCUGGCCACGGUCUACCCCUUCACUUCCACACGCUUCCGGAAGCCCCCCAUAGCCAUCUCGGCUAUCUGCAUCCUUUGGGCUCUUUCCUUCCUCAGCAUCACUCCUGUGUGGAUGUACGCAAGGCUCAUUCCCUUGGGCGGAGGUUUGCUGGGCUGUGGGAUCUGCCUGCCGGACCCUCAGCGGGACGUCUACUGGUACACCCUCUACCAGUUCUUCCUGGCUUUCGCCAUCCCUUUCGCCCUCAUCACCGUGGCCUACAGAAGGAUCCUGCUGAGGAUGGCAAGCUCCUCGCAAGCCCUGACCGGGCAGAGGUGCACCAGGCUCCGCGCCAAGAAGGUGACACGGGUAGCCAUCGCCAUCUGCCUGGCCUUCUUUGUCUGCUGGGCCCCUUUCCAUGUCCUGCAGUUGGUGCAGCUGGCCGUGCCCCAGCCCACCCUCGCUUUCUACUAUGCCUACAAUGUGGCCAUCAGCCUGGGCUACGCCAACAGCUGCCUGAACCCUUUCAUCUAUAUCUUGCUCGGGCAGAACUUCCGCAGGCGCCUUGUCAUCUCCGUCCGGCCUGCGGAUGCCGGGGAGGAGGUGACCCAGAACCGGGUCAAAAGCGCACGAGGACAGCCCAGCGAAUCUGGGCAGCCUCUGCUGCAUUUGGUCUCUGUUUCAGCCAGGUAGGGAUGAGAAUAUUGCAGCCUUGUUCCCAUUCUUAGACCAGUUAGCCGCAGGGACUGUUGACAGUCCGCUGAUAGGAAGAAGAGAGGAACAUUCACCUUAUGCAUCUAGCUCAGUAGGGUCUGCAGCAGGAGGAGCCAACAUGGCGCACUCCAAAUGUUGUUGGACUGCAACUCUCAUCAGCCACAGAAAGGGGCUGUCAAGGAUCAGGGAUUUCAUUCACUUAUUUGGUUGGUUUGUUUCAUUGCAUUUGUAUACCUGAAGGAGC